AUGCCUCGAAGCCGGAGUAGAAGUAGAUCACGUGAUCGAAGAAGACGCUCAAGGUCGAGAGAUCGUGACGAUAGACGUUCGAGGGAUCGCCGUUAUAAAAAAGAGAAACGGAAACGUCGUGAUUCAGAUCGUUCGAAUUCUGAUGAUGACAUUGAAUCACUUAUUCGGAAAGAACGACGGAGAAAUGGUGGGAGUUGCAAUUCACCAACCACAUCAAUUUCGGCUCUUCUGAGUGAAUUAGGUCCUUCAACGAAGUUCGAUGUAUCAAGUUUGAGUGACGCAGCGAAGCAGUGGCUCGACGCGCGAGUAACUGAACAGGUAAGUGCACGUGUAGCGGAUCUCGAGUCGUUAGUUCAAGAACGCGUCGCAAAGGCACGCGCUGAACUUGAAUCAAGAUUACGUGUGCAAAUUGAACAAGAAAUGAUGCGUGAAGUGGAAGAGAGCAGAAAGAGAGAGGAGGAGUCGAAGAAACGAUGCGCUGAAUUGGAAGAAAAUUUACAGAAGAAAUUGAAAGAGUUGGAAGAGAGUGAACGAAAAUUGAACGAAGAACGCCUUUUAAUGUUGGAAACAAAAAGCAAGUUAGAGAUGGAACGAAAUGAACUGUUGAAAGAGAAAGAGUUAUUAACACGGAGCGAACAACAAGCCAUUCUCAACAAAGGUGGCGCUAUGAGGGCACCGAUCAAACUCAAAUUCGGUUUCAGUAAAUAA